UGCGCGUGCGCCGCACUACUGCCGCGAGCGACGCCAGCGAGCGUGACGGUGACACGACGCGAUCGGAGCAGGCAGCCGCAGUGACCAGUGACCACCGACCAGACAUCGCAAGACUUCAUCAUGCUGAUGCACAAUAUGCCGUUAGUAUUUGUAAUGGUUCUGAUGUGGGACUCCAGUGCUCGGGCUGGUCCGGCCGCCGUGAAGGUCUGCGGCAGGAACCUUGGCGAGAUGAUGAGCAAGGUCUGCAAUAUGUACAACAGCCCCUCCUGGGACGUCCCCACAGUGAUCGAACAGCCCACGUCCAUUGUGAGAAGGAAGAGACAGUCCGGAAUAGCAGACGAGUGCUGCACUCGAGGGUGUACACUCUACCAGCUCAGCUUGUACUGCGCUCGAACAAACCUGGAGACGCCGUUCGACUCCAUGGAGGCGCACCUGAUCGAGGACAGGUCGGCGGAGGGCGGCAGCUCGGUGUCGUCGCCGGCCAUGGUGGGUCAGGAGGCCACGUCGCAGCGCGAGGUGGGCCGCGCUCGCACCCGCGGGUACGGGAGGGGGAGGGGGAGGCGCCGCCUGUGCGCGUGCCGCAGGAAGCGCCGGCGGGGCUCGCCCACGGGUAACAUGAACCUCGUACGAAAUGCCGCGCGCGCUGCUCCCGUAGUCGGCACCGUCUCUCCUCUGCUAACUUGGGGCAGAACCCUCAACACUGACCUACCAUCAGUAAAAAGGGACCGAUACGCAUAUGUCUCUGUCUAGACUCAAAUAUUUUAAACAAUUUAUUAAAAGACGGAUUAUACUAGAGAACUGUCCUGGAAGUAUUAUCUGGGAAGUGAAACUGUUUUAAUAUUGAAACAGCAUUGAUGACUUCGUAGUGUCACCGUAGUCUCGUGACAACAAAACACAAGACACAUCGGAUCUGAAGAAUGUCUUCAAUAUCACUGCUAUGUAGCUCGUCGAGUUGUUUAAGGAUGAUAUAAUUAUUAUAAAGAUUGAAUUAUUUACCAACUAUAACCUUUAAUUAUAUUAUAAUAGAUAUAUUUUGUCUAGACAUUGUAAUAUUAGAAGAUGAUGAAACACUGUAAAUAAUUUCUAUCAUAAUUAUUUUAGCUACAAUCAAGACAAGCAUUAUAAAAUCUGAUUUAAAUUAGCGACUAUAUACUGUCAAUUAAUACAUCGAUCUAUUUUUUGUUAGUAAAAAUAUAUAUUCAAAUUUACAAAAUAACAACAAUUCAUAUAUUCUAAGGUAUUUGUAUAUUAUACCUAACUCCUUCAUUUUUCUAUUUAGGAGUGAUUUAUUAAUGACAGUAGCUUGAAACAUGUUCCUUCCUAGAAAGUGUUCAAGUAUUAAUUAUUAUAUUAUAAUAAUAGUUUUACUUUUUAUUACUAUAAUUAAGUUAUAUUAUGUAUUGUAUAAUAAUAAUAGAUGUGUAUCUUUAACUCAUUAAGUAACAAAUUAAUCAAUUUUAUUCCUUUUCAACAUUUUAUAGAUGUAUGUAUACCUAUACAAAAUUUACUUUUGAAUGGAACUUUUUGGUUUAGUACUCAUUUUUAAAGCUUUAUGAGGUAGAUUAUUUAAAAGAUAUUGUUUGAUAGUCUUUGUUGAUUUUUCAUUAGCACAUUUAAAAACGAUCACCUUCUUUUUGGACUCGCAUUACCCUGUUGUAAAUAAUCACCCCAUAUUCAAUUUUCAUAAUAAAUAGUGGCUACCCUAUAACCUUAAUAGAUGUAAUGCCUUGCGUAGAAGACAUUUAUUUGUAAGACUAUGUAACUGUAACACCUACCACAUAAGAUUCAAAGAUCUCCUAUGCAUCUGUGAUAAUCCAAUUGAUAAAAUAACUCAUUAAGUUAUAAACUUUUAGUGAAUAAAUGUGGGUAGUUUUGAUGUAUUUCUUGUUGUUUGAAAUUUUGUGUGCCGGUUGUAAUAAUUAUUAGUUUUAUUUUAUGUAUGUAUGUAGACUGAUUAAAUGAACCCUAUCAUAAUUUA